AACAUUCAUUCUGGUAGUUGGGGGACUUUCUGGAAAACAGUGUCCAGUAGGUUACUGUGCAGGCCCCCACACCUGAUCAUAUUAGUUCAGCUGUUGUUCUGAUUCCACUUCAGUGUGAGCUCCACUAUGGAGCCCAAAAGGCAUACCAGGCACAGGACAAAAACGGAGAGGAAAGCAGAUUUUUUCCAGAAUGAUGAACGACUGGAGAACUAUGCAGUGCAUCCUUGAGGAGCCUCAGAUGCGGACAGAAGGAGAGAGGCUACUAACUUUUCUGAACUGGCCAACAGAUGCACCUGUCACAUCUAGAGAUCUGGCCAGGGCAGGCUUUUUCUUUCUUGGCCCGGGGGACAAAGUUCAGUGUUUCUGCUGUGGAGGGAUUUUAAGAUGUUGGAUAAACGGGGACAGCCCAGCUGGUGAGCACAAGCGGCAUUUCCCCAAUUGCAAGUUCAUACUGGGCCGAGCUGUGGGCAAUAUUCCACUCCAAGUGGGCUCCUCGGAUUCUGUGGAUGGCCAGCUAUUGAGUCAGCUCCAGAGAAUGACUAUGGAUGAACAAGGAACAGCUGGACAACCAGUGUACCCAGAAAUGGAGGCUGAGGAUUCCCGUCUCACCACUUUCCACAACUGGCCGACUGAGGCUUCAAUCCAGCCGGAUGUCCUUGCCAGAGCAGGAUUUUUCUACACAGGCCACGGUGAUAAUGUCAAAUGCUUCUACUGUGAUGGAGGACUGAGGAACUGGGAGCCUGGCGACGACCCCUGGCAGGAACAUGCCAAAUGGUUUCCACGAUGUGAGUUUUUAAUACAGUCAAGAGGACAGGAGUACAUCACCAACAUACAAGAUGUUCAUUUCCAUCUGGGAGAUACUGUGGGAGGAUCCCAGACUUCCACUGGCAGAGACAUCGGCUCCAGAAACGCAGCUAUGGUGGGAGGUCUGGGAACUUCAUCGGCCAUGCUUUCUCCUGUGGUGCAAACUGUGGUCCAGAUGGGCUUUGAGGCCAGCCUGGUGGAGAGUCUAGUCCAGACCAAAUUCCUCCUGACAGGCCAGCACUACACAUCCGUGUCUGACCUGGUGACUGAUGUACUGCAGACAGAGGAGGCGGACAGACAGAGGGGGGCAAACAGCAGAGUAGAGCCAGAGAUGAGACAGGACUCCAGUGCAGGAAAUGUGAGGAGACAGACACCAAUCCGGGAGAAAGUAAAAGAUCCCAGUCCAGAGGAGCUGCUGAGGCAGCUGCAGGAAGAGAGGACCUGUAAAGUAUGCAUGGACAAGUUGGUGUCCAUUGUCUUCAUCCCCUGUGGUCACCUGGUGGUUUGUGGUGACUGUGCUGCCAGUCUGCGUCACUGCCCCAUCUGCAGAGCUGUCAUCAGAGGCAGCGUUCGUGCUUUUAUGUCUUAAGGUUGUAGUGAAAAGCCAUUCAUAUUCAGGUGAUGCACGAACACCCCUUCAGUUUCCCCCGAAUUGAUGAAAAUAAAGAGUGCAGAUUGCUUCUGUCACACCUUCAAAAUCACUUUCUUUAUGAUUUUAUAAUCAUCUAACAUUUUCUCAUUUUUCCACUUGUGCAUUUUCAUCAUCGUGUUCCUCAUUAUAUGAAACAUAGAUGUGAAAUGACACACAAUCAUAACAAGGCACGUUCUUUUAUUAACAAAUGCCUAUUUACAUGAACACAAAGCAUAGUUUGGGAUAAAUAUAAAAAUACAAUCAGGUUACAUGUGGUUGGCACAACAGAAAAGGACAACAAUUAUGUUAUCCCCUCCAAAAAAAAGGUGAACUUGCACAUUAACAUUCAUAACAAGUUUUAACUAAAAGGAGUCAUCGGGAGUUUGCAAAAAAUGCUUUAUUGCACAGUAAGGAAGACUAGUUUUAACAUAUUUAUAGCAUUUUAUUACGAAUACUGACUAUGCUCAGACAUUGAUGUCAUAGAAAUGUCACCAACAAAAACCAAACAGUUUAACUUAGCCACUGUGAACUUGGAAAUCAGUAGUGACUUUUUUUCCAGGCCUCUCCUGCAGUAUUUCUUUUUAAAAACCUAAGAAAAAUAGAACUUUAUUUUCAGACUGUGACGAUUCUGUGGGAGGAAUCAUUUAGCCGCGUUUGGCAUUUAGUGCAUUCUCAUUUUGAACACUAGAGGGCAGAAAGACAACAGAGGAUCUGACAGUAUCUGAGUCAGUCAUUACAUAGGAGGUACUGUAUGAUCCGUGUGUCACUUUUGCUCAGAAGUUGUUGUGACGCUGAUCAGAAGAAAAGACAGAAAAGAGUGACAUAAAUGAGCAGAAUGUUUCACCUAAAGUAUCACUAGAUCUUGAGCAGUCAGUCAAAGACACAGGUUUUGUUAUUUUGUUCUUUUUAUUAUUUAAUGCUAUACACAUAAUUACAAUACAAACUUUAUUUAAAACAUGCUACAAUCAUCACAGCUGAGGAUAUCACACUUCAAAGAAAGAUGAUUAAAAAUGUAGACCUGUGAGGCGACAAACCUGUUAUCUAUACAGGUACAGGUGUGCUACUUCUACACUUAUUUCCAUACCCAAACUGCUGGAAAAUGUUUGCACCUUUCAUAUUGCGUGGAGUGCAAUAUGAAAGAAACCACCAACCCUGACUCCCAAAUUAAAAAUAUGCUGUGUAA